AUGAGCGACGCACCGCCGAGCGAGCCGCGCGACGCCCCCAAGGGUGCCGUCGUCGUCGUCGGCUCCGCCAACGUCGACCUCGUCAUGAACCCGCGCGAUCUCCCCUCCCCCGGCGUGACCGUGCUGGCGCCAUCCUACAAACUGCUCCCGGGUGGCAAAGGCGCCAAUCAGGCGUACGCGUGCGCCAAGCUCGGGUGCGAAUCCGUCAGGUUCAUCGGCGCCACGGGCGACGAUGACUUCGCAAAGCUCGUCCUCGGUAACCUCGAGGCCGCGGGCGUGGACGUGACCGGCGUUGCCAAGCGCGCGGACCUUCCCACCGCGUGCGCCAGCGUGGUGGUGGACGCCCAAGGCGAGAAUCAGAUCUGCGUCGGGUCCGGAGCCAACGCCGCCGUCGCCGCGGAUCAACUGGACGGUCGCAUCGCCCGCGGAGACGUGCUCCUGAUGCAGAUGGAGGUACCCACGCCCACGCUGGAGGCGUGCGUCGCCAAGGCCAAGGCACGCGGCGCCGCCGUCGCCGUCAACGUCGCCCCAUCCGCAAACGCGUCAGCGCUCGGCGCCGACGUCUACCGCGCUGUCGAUUUCCUCAUCGUCAACCAGCACGAACUGAGGGACGUGUGCGACGCGGUCAGGGCGCACCACCCCACCGCAUCGCCGCCCACGUCGAGCGCCGCGGCGGACCUCGCCGUCUUCGUGGCGCGCACCACGGAGGCGAUCGUCGUGGUGACCUUGGGCGCCGCGGGCGCUAAGCUCUUCCUCCCGAGACGGCCGUCCGGCGCGCCGCCGCGGGUCGACCGCGGGGACGCACCGGAGACGGAUGUCAUCGCGGUGGACGCCGCGCCGCUUCGGGACGGGGAGGCGAUCGUGGACACGGUGGGCGCCGGGGACGCGUUCGUCGGGGCGUUCGUCGCGCGCGUGGCUCGAGGGGAUUCGUUGAUUCGAUGCGCCGCCAUCGCCGCCGCGGCGGGGACGAUGGCGUGCACGCGGGAGGGGGCGCAGGGCGGGACGCACGGGGCGGUGGACGUCGAGGAGCGGAGUCGGAGCGUCGGGAUGAGCGCGGACUGGGGAAGGGGGAGCGAGCCGGCGAGCGAGCACCUGCAGGCGCCGGCGGUGGACUGGAUCUGA